AUGAUGAAAGGUGUUCAAAUCACCAACAUCAUCAAGUGCACCUUGGAGCUCUCCUCCGGCUCGUACACGCAAUGGCGCAACCUCAUGGAGCUGGCCAUCGAGGAAUCCGGCGCCCUGGACCACAUCAACUGGGACGCGCCGGCCGAUCCAGAUCCCGACUGGCGCACCGUUGAUCUGAUCUUGAAGCGGUGGAUCUACGCCACCAUCUCGCCGGAGCUCACCGGCAUGAUUAUGGACUCCUCGCGCACUACUCAGCGGCUCUACUCCGCCCUCGCUGCAAUCUUCCUCAACAAUAAACAGCAGCGCGCCAUCCACCUCAUCAGCGACCUCCACGACCUGCGCCAGAACUGCCUCACCAUCGCGCAGUACUGUGCCAGGGUCAAGACGGUCGCUGACGCCCUGCGCGCCGUCGACCAUCCCUGGUUAACGUCGCGCAGGGCGUCGGCGACCGUCUUGAUCCUGGCGCAGUACUGCGCGAUGGUGAGGGAGUUCUGGCACAUGUCGUGGAGGUUGCUGAUGAGGUAG